AUGGAUGACGAGAUCAAGAGGUUAAAUGCUUGGAUUGGGAUAUCUAGAUCUUCUCACGGGAGGAGUUAUUAUGAAGUGCAUGUCAUGAACAGUUGCGAAUACUCUAAUGUCAUCAUAUAUGCUGUAGCAUCACCUGUCCUUCAAAUACUGAAUCAUCCAUACCCUCUGGAUCCAUCAGAAGGUGAGGCUAGCUAAUCUAGACUUCUUCUUGCCUAUAUUGCCUCUAGAUUUGGAUCUGCAAAUUUCACUGCUGAGUUUCAGCUUGCUUAUUGCGAGCGUUUACUUGCUGAGCUGUGACAUACAUCACUAAUUCACCACUUCUCUCUCUCCACAACUAUUCUUUUGUCUCCAUUUCUUCCACUUUUUUAAGAUUCUUACUUAAAGUGAGCAUAUCCAUUUGCUUUGUUUCUUAUUUUGGUUUUAGAGUAAAUGUCCCAUACAUCGUUUGUUAUGGACUUCAAACGCAAACAACGACCUUAUUUGAAUGUGAAAAUUUAUAAUAUGUGGUUGCCGUCUUGCCGAUAUAAUUUUGUUCGGAAUGAAAUAAAGUUUAUGUUAUCGCUUACUUUUAUACAAGAUAAAUCUUUGCUAAAGACCAUAAAGAAUACACACAUGCUUACAAAAAAAAACACAGACUCGUCCUGUG